UACUUUCUAUUUCAUUCGAUGUCUAUGUCGAUGUCUAAUGUCAACAUCAUCAUGGCAAACUAACGGACAACAGCAGUGUUUUCGAAGCUCCAAAUGCGAAUGAGACUCAUUGAGCUAAAUGAUGUUCAAGAUGUUGUGGACUGUGUCUAGAGGAAUGACAUAAUGAUUUCACGUAUUUCUUGGUGAAUGUGCCUGGUGAGUGUUGUGUUGUACUAUGGUGGGCUACAACCCACUGGAGAAGGUCCAGCUGUCCCACACAGAGCAUGCACUAGCCGGGGCAGUUACUGGGGCAGUGACCCGGGCGGGCUGUCAGCCCCUUGAUGUUCUCAAGAUAAGAUUUCAGCUACAGGUUGAGCCUUUAACGAAAAGUCAAAGUUCCAAGUACCAGGGAAUCACGCAGGCUGUGAGCAGUAUCGUCAAGGAGGAAGGGGUCAAGGCCUUGUGGAAAGGUCACAUCCCUGCACAAGUUCUCUCCAUUCUCUAUGGUGUAGUACAGUAUGCGUCCUUUGAGGUUCUCACUGAAGGUUGCUGGCAUGUCCUGCCAGCCUGGUACUGCACGAGGUACCGCUCCGUGAACCACACCAUCUGUGGCGGCAUUAGCGGAUGCUUAUCCAUGGCCUUUGUGCAUCCGGUGGAUGUGAUUCGCACCCGGUUCGUGGCUCAGGGAGAACCAAAGGUGUACAAAAGUGCUGCUGAUGCGUUUAGGGUCAUUGUGAGGACGGAGGGAGUGCGGGGUUUCUACCGGGGCUUCGUCCCGGCUAUGUCCCUCAUCGGCCCGCAGAUUGGCUUCCAGUUCGGCCUGUAUUCGCUGUUCACCGACCUGUGGCACAGGGCAAAGGGACUGUGGGGUGGAAGUCCACCAGAGUCCUUGGAAAGUCUGCUAUGCGGAACGGGGUCGGGAUUUUGCUCCAAACUUUUGGUCUAUCCACUGGACGUGGUCAAGAAACGUCUGCAGGUGCAGGGCUUUGAGGCAGCCCGCCGCCCGUUUGGUGCGGUGCGUCACUACAGCGGGAUGAUCAACUGUCUGGUCUGUGUGGUCAAGGAGGAAGGGCUGCGGGGUCUGUACAAGGGGCUCAGCCCCAGUCUCCUCAAGUCUGCCAGCGUCGCCGGCCUCAACUUCUGUCUGUACGAGCAGGUCCGCAACGCGCUUAUACGUUACCAUCUCAGUCAGAAUUCCUGACACGUCGUUGAGAGAUGAUAUUAUAUCAGAAAGGGCUGUAAAUAUGGUCGCUGUCGCGAGAGAGAUGUUAGAAGCUUCCUGUGUAGCGCUGUUUUACAUUGUCAUCAUCGUCAUCGCUUUUCUCAUCCUGGGUUAGACCGGUGUUCUGUGGUGUAGCGGUGAGGCAAUUCGUUGUUGCACCUAGGAGACCCAACUUCGAUUCCUGAGUGCAGGGAAUUUUAAUUUCGUAGCUCGGUCUUUCUGCUGGGAGGUUAUAAUAUAUCCCUUUCAGCCUGGCUGUCAGGGUCAGAAGCCUGCCAUCUAAAUGUGUGUUGGCCUGGAAAAAUUAACUGGAUGUCACUGAUUGCUGAAUAGAGCGAAAGCUGAAAAACCACACAAAGUUCAUUUAUCUUUUCAUGGAUUUGUCAAUGGGGGCCUAUAAUCAUUUACGUAAAAAGAAAAAAACAAAACCAAAAUAAAAAAACAACCUCCCCCCAAAUUUUCCCUUGGAUCAGGAUAUUGGCCACGGGUACUUACUUACUUUCCACUUUCCCUCGUCCUGGCCUCCUGCUGCACUGGGUCAGGAGAAAACAUUGGACAGGGUUCGUACAGGUCUUGGAAAACUGGAAAACUCUUGGAAUUUUGUUUUUAUUUUCCAAGACGUGGAAAACUCUUGGAACUUUGGGAAAUUGGCAAAAUUCUUGGAAAAACAAAUUUUUAACUAGAUCUAUUGUAGAAAUGUUUCCUCGAAGUUAAGAAGGCCUCGACUUCACAUAUAUUCUGAAGUGUACUGUAAUAUAUUUUUGCACGCCGAAAGAACAUUUUUCUUCCGAAAUGGCCCGUUAUUUGUCUUGGAAAAAAAAAAUCUGGUUUUGAAAACUCCUGUAGAAGUCUUGGAGAAAAAAAUCGACAGUUCAGUAUGAACCCUGAUUUGAGGUUUUUGCUUUUCUUGCCACAGCGACAGUUUGUGAGGUGAGCUGACAGACUGAGUUGUUUCUUCUCCAGUUUUUGCACUUUGGACACAGAUAGAUACGCCAAGUUUAUAGGUGGAGAUUGUACUGUGUAUUAGUAACAAUUGAUAAAAAAACAUGUUAAACUUGAAGAAAAUUGUAUCAGUUGAAAAUCUACAAAUUGGACCCCUGGGCUGAUGACUUCAUUUUUAGUGGAUUGUGAGAAGUAACUCAUUUUGUCAGACCACCUCACAUGGUGUGUAGUUUUGUUGGAAGGUUCUGUCCUCUAGAAAUGUUUGUUGUUGCUAUUUAUUUUGAUACAAUGCUCAUAGAUCUUUUUGUUGCCUUUUCUUGGAUGUUUUCAGUGAGUUUAAUGUUGUGUAUUUUGUUUGCUUGUACUUGUUAUAUUGGUUUGAUUUAGUUUUACUUAAAAAAAAUUGUGUGCAUCUUAUGUGUGCGUGUGUGUAUGAAAGAGAGAGAGGGAGAGUGAGAGAGAGCGAGAGAGAGACCCACACACAAAACAGAGAGAGAGAGAGUCUGAACCAUGGAUGAGAUGGGCAGAAACUGUUACCCAUCAUAGGUUUUAUGGUAGGCAGACUCAGUAUUGGCACAAAGCCUUGAGUACCGGGUUGGGGGGGGGGGGGGGAAGGGAGAACUGAUGGACAAAAGGGGAGAGAUGGGUGACACACAGCACGCAGAGCGUCUGACAUCAUCUAUCUCCAGUACUGGUACUGGCAGUAAAUGAAGUUUAGCGCCAGUUGUAGCCUACUAAAAUACCAGUGCUCUAUUUAUUUGCCAGUGCCACCCAUCAUUAGUUGUAACACUGUCUGUAACAAAUUUAUUAUUUAAAGUGUUGUGAGGAAAUAGGUGAAAAAGAUUGAAAGAGGAUAGAAGAACUUAUGAAUGCAUGUAGGUAGAUCCACAUUCCCGGUGAUUAUGUAGUCUUUUAAAAAAGUUUUUCCACCUGGACCGAAAUUGGUCAGAGGGGGUUACUUAAACUUUUCCUGUUCUGCGGCUUAUGUUUGCAGCCUGUACUUCUAAUGUGAGUUGUACAAUCAGGGGUGUAGCAGCCUGUCUCCCAAAUUAUCUUAAUUGUAUGGAUGGGGGUGUAAAACCGAUGCUGGAGAGGAUGGACGUGUAUAAAUGUUUUAAUGUUGUUUUUCUAGUUAGCUACACUUGCUUUGUUAAUUAUGAAACUUUUUUGUUUUGUUUUGCCAUAUCAAUGUUAUCACUCUCGUUGUCAGUAUGAUCGGAUGAGUGUGCAUAGAUCUAUGUUCACAGAAUGUUUUAACCUGCAGUAUUAUUGCUGACUUCAGCAAAAACAAAAUGUGAAAUGAGUUGAAUCUCUCGUCCUGUGAUCAGUUCACGGGUCCUCACUCUGUGAUGUGCUCACCAAGGACUUUGUGACAAAAAGUGAAAAACACUGAAGAAACUGGUGAUUUGGUUUAUUGAAUCAAACUGAAUCAAAAGCAGUAGAAAAUCUUUGAUGACUACGCAUUUUUUGGUUGUUGACAAGAUUAGUUGAACUUGUCCAAAAUGGCCACCCAUUGUCAAGGAUAAAAGUGGUUAUUUGUAGCUUACAGGUAAUUGUCUUAGACAGGUGGCCAUUAGAGAAGGCUGAACUGUAUUUUGAAGCAAGAAAGAUUAAAGAUUCCGUUAGUGUUACUGUUAGUGAUCAAAAGGGGAAAAAGCGAAUGGUCAAAUGUUGGAGAUAACCCAUUUUGUCACAAAGUCCUGCACAUGAUUAUACUCAAAGUAUAAAACUGCCAACUUCUGAUAAUCAACAUGCUGAUUGAUGACUCUCUUAAAACUAACGCUGGUGACAGUAGCCUAUGUCCCAAUCUUGUCUUUUCUUUCUGACUUGUGAUAUGUAAAGUUGUUGCUAUAAAUAUGUCUUUCUGGGACAUACAUGUUGUUUUUGUUAUGAAUGUCUUGUUGUGGUGCUGUUUUUAUAUAACUUGCUGAAAAUUAAUUUUUUAGUUUUAUUUCUGGAGGUGUUUGUAUUGUAUAGCACAGAUGACUUAAACUCGGUGAGAAUGCUCUGUAAAUAUUUAUUGGUUUUAGUUUGUGAUGAUUUAAGUACAGAUAUUAAUACACCUUGCUCUGAUAUAGUGCCCAUAGCAACUGAAUUCUGUUGAUUUUUACCGCAAAGCCUUGGCUCAUCAUAGUUGUGUCUUUUGAGACACAUAGGUCAAGGUCAGUCUCUUUUCUCAAACCACCGCUGGUUCAGAUUUUGCAUGAAAUGAGAAAUACACAGAAUAUGCACAUAAAUAUUUAUAGUCAGGAAAUUAUGAUGCAAAUUUUUUACACGAGCGUGGAAUUGUUUUUGAGUUGUGUGUAUUUAAGCUUGGAUUGCUCUGCUGUAUAUAUUUUUUGGGGUUUCAGGUUGAGAAUGUUGGAUGAAAGUUUUUGAGGGUUUGGCUGGGAUUUCCCGUAAAGCAAAAUGGGUAGACUCGUGUCCACCCCCUCACUUUGCUUAUACUAAGUUACAUUUGUAGAGGACAAGUACAACAGUGAGUGGCCAUGUGUUUCUGAUGCCUUUACUGACCACAAGCACUACUAGUACUCUGGGCCAACUCUCGUCUCCCCUAUCCAUUUAAAUCAGAAGACAAUUUUUUUUUUCGCGGUUUGAACACACCAUCGGUAUUUUUCGUCACAAUCUGUAAGGAGUAGAUGUAUCAUGUUGUCCUCACAAUUUGAAUGAGAAUAUGUAUUGUGUAUUUUAUUGCUAGUACUGUUACUGUUUCAUCAUAUUUUUUUAUAUUUUUGUCUGAGGGGAGGGAGAACGGGAUGUUGUUUUUACCUAGAAUAAAGUUGUGAAACUUGACAA